AUGGCUCGCCACCGGUGCAAUGACACCUUGAUAUGUCUCAUAUUCCCAACAAGUUUGGGAGAACUAGUCCUGAAAUGGUUCAAAAGUCUCCCGGAGGGAAGCAUCGAGGGGCGGCAACAACUAGCAGAGGUCUUUGUCACUAGAUUCAAAACCAACAUUCUAACACCGAAGGAGGUUGACCACCUCCUGAGCAUCAAGAUUGAAUCUAGAGGUUCUUUGAAGGCAUACAAUUCUAACUAUUGGGAAACUUACAAUGAGAUCCUCGAUUGCCCCACCAAUCUGGUGAUCGCACAAUACAAGCGAGGUCUCCCAGUCGAAUGUAGGCUGCGAGACUCGCUUACGAUGGACCAGCCCACAACCAUGGAGUUCUUGAUACAGCAGAUCAACGAACAUAUCCGAGUAGAAGAUGAUGCCACCACAGCCACCGCAACCGAGAAGGAAAAUCCGGUUGUGGCGGAUAGAAGAGUGGCUGGGAAGGUUCACUCGGUGGGGCUAGCGAACAACCGCCCUAAUAUCGCGGUUUAA